UAUUGGACUUCCCCAUAGAGUUAAUACUACUGCUCUUAUUUACAAGAUGUUGGUGAUUUUUUUUUAUUGUACCAUUCACAGUUCAGAUGAUUUUCAGUUGUAGAUUUCAAAUUUAUUUGUCAUAUCUCUGAGACUGAAGAGUGAGGAAAGGAAAGCCAGAGAAGCAUGGAAAGCAUUAGUAAUUGGCAGCUUCAGAAGAUACAAGAGCCAGUCUAAUACCAUUCAAGAUAUACAGUCAUGGAAUACUUUUAUGUGGGUUUCACAGAUCCACAAUCAUAUUUAGUUCCAGAUAUUGCCAAAGGCAUGAAUGAUGAUGAUAUAUUGUAGAUUCAGUAUCUUUGCAGAUACUAGGAAAUCCCUAAAUCCUCUUAGAAGACUACUGAUAGACAGAUGAAGGCACAGGUACAAAGGAAAGUAGCCACAAACUGAACUCCUUUAAAAGGUGCUAUGAGGUGGGCACUGAAAUAAAAUAAACGGGGGGAUGUAAUAUAGCUGAAUCAUUUCAGAUGAACUUAUGCGGAUCAGCAGGCAGGGAACUACGACUUGAGAAGACCAAGAUAUUGAAGCGUGGCUUGAAAAUGCUUGGGAACAGCUGGAUAAACCAAUGGAUGCUCAUCAGGCAGAAUCUGGGGGACUGUCUGUGGUCAGAUAGCUAUGUAAGUGAUGCUGAUAACCUCCCAAGGGAUGCAAAAGAGGCAAGGAAGGUUGCAGUGCCCUCAGCAAGAACUCACUGAGGGUGAGCCUCCCUGUCAGAAAUAUGCUCAGACCCCAAUGGGGGCUUAAGCCUCUUUCAAAAAUCAAGAGAAAAGACAGGGAUUUGGAGGUGUCAGAAGGGUAGCCAUUCUCAGCACAGAUGGGAAUCUUCUUAGAAACAAGUAUUCUUGGGGAAUUUACUUUGUUAAAUUAACAAAGCUCAAAAGCUCUUUAGAGGUCUCAGAUCCAUGAUAUCUGAUGGAUUGUGAGCUAACUAGAACUGAAGAGGCCUUUUCUGUUUCUGUCUUCAUGUCAUUGCCUGGCUUCAGCAGGGUGCUUUGUAUCUCCAUGGAGCAGUUGUGAGGUUUUCCCAUCUGUCUAGUCCGUGGCUGGCUUGGCCGUCAGGCUGACACUUGGGGGAGCUGGAUGAGAACACAUGGCCUCAGCUGAUUCUUUGUGAAGGCACAUUUCUGUGGCAGGCCAUGGCCUCCCCUGCUCAGGGAGUGUUAGUGGCGCGUAAGCUGCUCAAAAAGCAACAGUUAGCAAACAUUCUCCUUCAAGGAACAAGAUAUGCCUGAUCCUGGAGAAAGGAGGUGAGUCUAAGUGACAAGAGGGGUGUUCUUUCCUUCUGUGUUUCUCAAAGAGUGAGGAACAAGAAAUAGCCUUUCUUCACUCCCUCUUGCUGGUGUGCCUGGGGCAUAUUAAGUUGUAGGUUCAGAGGAAGUGUUUUCUCAGGAGAUCGUGUUUAUUGGCCUUUGGAGCUUGGGUCCAGCUUUGGUUUUCUCCGUUUGUAAACUUACUUUCCUAUACAAGCACUGUGAGGAUAGAUGCUCCCUGAGAAGGACCAGCCAGGAGCAUGGGUUUGCUUUUGUAGUUUGGGUGGUUAAUUGGAGAAAAAAAAAAAAGGCAAGGGAGAAAUCCUGAGCUUUGAAUGGGGUGAGCUGCAAAAGCCAUGACUGUUGGCUGAAGAUGGAUGAAAGUUUCACUGCAACAACACUGCAUCAGUUCAACAGAUGUCACUGGAGGAGCCUGGAUUCUUCCCACUUUGAGUCUAUGUCCUCUUUUUUCUCUGCAGAUGUUUCUUUCUCUGCACUCCCUUUCUCUGUAUUUUUCCCGUCUGAUGCAGGUUUUUCCCAUGGUAAUAUUCCCUCCUCACACCUGACUAUCUGCCCCUACUUUCCUCCUGUGCUCUGUGCUGUCUGGUCCUCACAUAACAAAUGAGAGUCCUUGAGAUGUCUGUUUUUCUUAGUGAGGUCAAGACUGGCUGCUGUCUCCCAUACCACCAUGCUGCUUUUCCCUUUACAGAAGGGCCUGUGGCUACUCUAAACUGUACUGUAUUUUGCUGUUGGUGUAAGGGCCUUUAUUGGUUGCAGUAUUUUCUGUCCGUCAGAUAGCACUCUUCUCAUCCUGUAAGUAGCAUAAUAAAAUCCAUAGGCACUUGGUGCAAGUUGUCUGUCUGCUAUGAUCUCCUGCAUCCAAUUCUUGUAACUGCUCUUCCUUCUUUCUUUCUUUCUUCGGAUUCAUUGAAGUCCAAGGAAAUUAUGAAGCAGCAAAUUCUUACAGCUGGAGCAAGAAGUUUUCAGAGUUGAGAAAGACCUGUGCUUGAUGUUGCAUUUGAUACUGGGUUUCUUGUUGCUUUUGCCUCAGCAUCUCCCCUCGUACCUCCUUAACAGUGAUGGUAAAGGAGAGUUAUUUAUUCGCUCCUGAUGGCAGGAGAAGGCCGGAACUAUUGCUCAGAUCCUUGGACUUCUGCAGAAACUUGGGCUUGAACUUAAAUAUGCUUGAACAUAAACCAAAAAGACAGUUCUUGUCCAAGACUUUAUGCCACCUUCCCUCACCAUGAGGAGAGGAGCCAGGGACAUUUAGACCCUCUUGGAGAAGUGUUUGCCAGUACAAAACGGGUUAUAAAUAUAAGGUGUGUUACUGUAUACAAGAAAAAUGACCAAAACCACAUUCUUCAUCUGUCUGCCAGCACCUGUGACUCUGGACAGCUGUCAUGAGGAGAGACCUUACAGGUGCAUGACAGUGAGAUCCUUAAUCUCCCCUUGCUUCCUAACACACAUAUGAGUUUCUGGGUAUUAAUGUAUGGUAGUGUUAAGGAAGUCGUCUUCUGUAUGUACAGCUAGCUGCCUGAGGGGGCACAAGGGAGUUAAUGUUUUAGAAACACACUUCUAACAGAAUCUCACCAUUUAAAAGGCUCGUUCUCCUCUGUUACACACCCUGCUUGGACUUACUCCCAUCCAACCUGCCCCUGUGAGUCCUUGCUAACGUGUUGUUCCACUCACCUUCUUUCAGAUCCUGCCUGUUGUCUGACUUCCCCAGCAGAGCUCGCAUAUGCUGAAAGACAGCCAGUAAGUCUUGAAGUGAGCCAGCAUGAGGUAUGGUUCCCUAAAAAUUAGGGGGCUUAUCUUUUCCAGUUCUCAGCUCCCAUGGAAGCUGGUUUGGGAAGUAAAUGCCUACACAUCUUUAUGAAGAAGUCCCCAAGUCCCUCAGCAAAAAGAUGAAGGCAGAUGCCUGGGAGGCACAGAGAAAGGUUUGAUUUGUAGAUUCUGGGGAAUCGGAUGUCCUGGAGGUAUUGGUACUCCAUUAACGUACUUAGUAUUUGGCCGUUAAUAAGGAACAACAUGAAGGAUAACUAGCAACAACGGUGCCUGCCCUGAGAUAGCACCCAGUGCCUACCCAAGUGCUACCUUUUGCCAGCUGCUGUAGAAGUAAUAAAUCAGCCAAGGGAUGUCAAAGUUCAGUUUCCAGGAGGAAAUAAUGAUUUUACUCAAAAGUGGAGUGUGCAUUCCUUAAUAAGGGACACUUAGCAGCAUGAGGUCUCAUCUCUAUACUCUCACUCCCUUCCAUGUGCUGAUGUACCCUUUUUUCUAAAAGUCACCAACCCUCGCUGGAUCAAUGAGGCCUGAUCAAUUGUUUUUCCCUCUGAAUUAUCCAUAUGGGGUUGUUAGCUGAGCUGCUGGCAGAAAACGAGAGACAGCUUUCUGUCUGUUUACUGUAAAGAAAGCAAAGCAAACUACAGGAGGGGACAGGCUGCAGGAUAUUUACUGUCAAUACAGCAGGAGAGAGAGGGGCAAUAUAAGGAGAGGGGAGGGGAGAGGAGCAGAGGCUGCAGACUGCAACCUAAAUGAAUGAUCUGGGUGUAAAAAUACCCAUGCAGUUUCAGACGGAACGUGGGUGGAUUGAAGUCAACAAGGGAUAGCUGAGAGUGUUUAACAAAUGGUUUAGUGAAGCAGGGAAGUACUUGUGGCACACAGAAUAAUAAUGCUGUGCACGAGCAUACUGAAUCUGCAGUGCAAUCUGAAAGGCACUUCCAGAUCUGCCCUGAGACAGAGCAGUAGCUGGGAUAUUUUUGUGUGUGCCUGCAUGCAAGACCCACCAGUUAAAAGUAACAAGAUGAAUAAUAAUGAUUGAACUUAGAAAACAAUAAUUGGAGCUAGUUUUCCAAAGCAGCUGGAUGUCACCAUUGUUACUCAGACCAGAAAAUAAUAUUUUUUUAAGUAGGCAUAUUUCCUUGCUUCUCUCUCUUCUUAUUCAUCUACAGAAGAAUUAGGUGAUCUGAGCUUCACAGGGCAAGAAGGCUCUGAGCAGCUUGCUCUGAGGGUCCCUCUACUUCCAGAGGCAGGUGGGCAAGUGAAGAGUGAAUUCACACUUUAGAGAGCAGCGAAGACCAUCUUGCCAUGAAACCAUUCACAGAUGAAGAUGUAGAAAUCUACAUCCAGAGCAAGGUGGAACAGCGACAUUAUCUGGUUUCCAAAGCAGUGGAGGAGGUGCAGAAAAUCAUCCAGCAACUGACUGUGGAAAUCAGCUAUAAGGCCGCACGAUUCCAGGCUAUCUCCAACUCUGGCAUUCACAAUGAGAAUAUUAAGGAUCAACCAGCUUUACUGGCCAAGUGGUCAGCUAUGCUUCGGGGGAAGCGCCCAUUCCACCCAUCCAUCCAGGUCUUGGCACCCAGCCAAUUCCUCAUCACAGUCCCUCUGCGCGGCCUGACCGGCUACAGGGAAUGCCAGGUACGGCACUGGCGUUACUACACCGUGCAUGGAGCCAAGCUCCUCUCCUCCGUGCGGGACCCUGAGGAACUGCAUCAAUGGCUAGAGGUGGAGCAGUUCUCAAAAAGCCUUCCGCAAUGGCAUGAAACGGAUGUGAACAUCGAAGGAGAUCUGGUUCCAGCCAAAGUCCUUGUCAUCUUCCGGGAGCUGGUGGAGAAGUCAAUUAUCUCCUGUAACCUCUCCAGUAAAGUGGCAGUGCUGGAGAGCUUCAGCUCAGUGGUCCGGGUGGCUGUGGAGACAUCAGAAUCCCAGGUCGAGGUGGAGCUGGUCCCUGCUGUGGAGAUUCCAACUUGCUGGCCUGAGAAAGCCCGGUGGCCUCGUUGCCUUAAACGUUGGCCUUCCCAGGAAAAAGUGCAGUGCAUCAAGUCACUUGGUUUUGAUCUUUUGGCCCGCUCCAGUUAUCACUGGCAGCUGUGCUUCUCCCGGGCUGAGCAUAUACUUAUGGAAGGUCUUGAUGAAGAUGGUGGUUGUCGCAUGAAGUGCUUCAGGGUCAUGAGGCAGAUGAAGGAAGAUGUCUGGUGUGCCGGAAAUAAGCCUGUCAUCACAGCUUAUCACCUUCAGACAGUGCUAUUCUGGACGUGUGAAAAAUACCCACGCACCAAGGAUUGGCGCUGCUUCCCCGAAGCCUUUCUGAGGCUGGUGCAGAAGCUGCACAAGUGUGUAAGCCAGCACUUCCUCAAGCAUUACUUUGUCAAGAACACCAAUCUGCUCAAAUAUGCCAACACCAGUGACCUGGACCUGGUGGCCAGCAAGCUCACACUCUUCUUGGAGAACCCCGUCUUCUGCCUGGACUAAGGCAGGAAAAGGCCUCCUCAUCUCAAACCUGAGCCAAUCCCCUGCUUCCUCUCCCCACCUGUGGUUGUUCUUUGUGUCCUUCCAGUAGAUGUUGCAGCUGGCUUUAUAAGACAGUUGGCACAUGCAGCGUGAAAGAGAAGUGUCAAGCUGGCAGCAGUGGGUGGUGAAAACUGAUGGGAGGUAUCGCUUGAUGCCCAGCUGAUCUAAUUUGCUUUCAACAGUGACAGCCUGCCUGGAAGCUACAGCCAGUGAAACCCAACUUUCUGUGUCAGUUAGAGCAGGCACUGCCUUGUUCACUAUUUCCAGUCUUGUGGCACCUAAGCAGAAAAAUGGUGCAAAGAAGUCUCGCUCUGCUGCCUACUGGCUGUGUAACCUAGCACAUGUAUUGUUGCUGCCUCCCCGUUCCUCGCAAGGACAGAGGGUUUCAUUCCCUGCUUACCUCACAGGCCAGCUCUGCAGAAGAGCAGACAAACAUUUCUGAAGUGUAUUGAAGCUGGAAGCUUUCUCAGAGGCACGGUGAUGCCUUCAUCUCCAAUUAAAUGGGAUUCUUCUCUAGUAUGAAGAUAACCUUGCUGCUAGUGUUGAAUAGCUCAAGGGAAGGAAGAGGAGAAAUGGUGGGUUUUGCUGCCUCUUCCUCAUUUUUCUCUCCUCCACUUCCAUUUUUCUUCCAGUAGCUUCAAAUAAGUUUUCUUCAUGUUUGCCUUUGCCAGUUGUGUUAGUGCCAUACAACCAGGGGGCUCUGCCAGAGCAGAUUUCACUCCCACCCCUGGCUCCAUCCAGCAGGCUGGAGGAGGAGCAGGUCUUUCCCUAGUUGUUAGCACCCACGUAUUUUGGGGUGAUGUACAGGAGAAUAUUUCUGAAAGGCUGUUAGCUCCAAAACCCCCAAUGCUUUUAAUACUAUGGAUGUUUAAAGAGAAAACCAUUUUUAGUGUCUCAAAAGAAGAGAGUUCUACAAUGAGUAUACAGAAUGUUGGUUUUAAUGCUAUUAAAUCA